AUGGCAUCUUUAUCUGAAGUGACAUUGAAUCAUUCUUUACAAAAAGAGAAACAAGCUUAUAUAUAUAUCCAUCAUGAUAAAGCAUGUCAUUAUACGAAUACGCUCUCUAUCACAAAAGAAGACUCGCUUGUCGAAUCUAUCCCCUCCCUUUAUGAAUCAGACAAAAAAGAGGAAGAGGAAGAGGAGGAAGACACAGAAGACGAGGAAUACAAUGAACCUUACAAGGGCAACAUUUCUUAUCUUAUUCAACCGUAUUCUCCACAGUUGAACUUUAAUCUAGACGCUUCAGAAGCAACAACAGCAACAACACGAUCUCGUUUUAAAAGUGCUUUUCAACGACUUAGAGGCAUCGCUAUGCAUAGCAGUAACAUGAACAAUAUUGCACCUAGCAAUCCCAAAUCAUGUCAGAUAUCUUUAUCGCUGGCCGAUAAAAUUAAGUCCAAACUCAAGUCCAAAGAGCAUCCCUUUAUGCCUCGUUCAUCUUCGCUUUCGUCUAUCACCUGUCGACUCAAAAAGAAAUGUGCGGAUAUACCUAAAUCUUUUUCUUCUCAUCAUUUGAGCUUUCCUUUACGUUCUAUCAACAACAAAACUCAAGGUGACAAAAGGGCCGUUCAGUUUGCUAAAUCGGUCACUACGACGGAGACUUAUUCUAAACUAGAAUAUGAUCGAGAAUCAGAUCCAGAUGCUGUCUGUACAAGAUUGACGCCUAUAUUAGCACAACAGAUCAAGGAAGAAUUGAACGCAUUCAAGUUGUUUGAAAUGGAAGUUCAUGAGAGCAGUAAAAUACAUACACAUUUCUUUUUUUAA